AUGCAUCACAACUCCAGCAAAGGCAUGGUCUAUGUGGAUAAGACCCUGAGGGGGCAGGACAGGGACAGGGAAGGAGUAUGGGUAGAGGCAGGGGGAACCCUGGCCCCCAAUACCUCCUCCUCAUCCCCCCCUGAGUAUCCAGGGACCUCAGGCAGCUUCAUCCCUGUCUACUGUGUCCUUCUGGCCACCGUGGUCCUCGGUCUGCUUGCCUACGUGGCCUUCAAGUGCUGGCGCUCACAUAAGCAAAGACAGCAGCUGGUCAAAGCUCGGACUGCAGAGCUGGGGGGCCUCAGCAGGGACUCGAUGCACAGGAAUAGCAGUGUCUUCCCGGACUCUCCUAGUGGUCUGGAGCCCUGCGCCCCCUGCCAGGGGCCGCAUCCUGAGCUUGGCUGCCGACUUUCCCUUCAUCUCCCUCGGCAGCAGCAAGAGAAAGUGGAGCAGCUCCUGGAGGUGUCAGGCGAACCUGGCAAGGGUUGGCGGAGCCUGGCAGGCCAUCUGGGCUACCAGACUGAGGCUGUGGAGAGGAUGGCCCGGGGCCAUGUGCCAGGCUACACUUUGCUGAGGGACUGGGCCAUCCAAGGCGGCAGCAGCGCCACCCUCAAGGUGCUAGAGGAUGCCCUGACUGCCAUGGGCCGUGAAGAUGUGGUCCAGGCUCUGGGCCCCCCAGCUGAGGGCUGCUCCGUGGUGUGA